UAUAUUUUUAUUAUUGCAAGCUCCGACAGCUUACGGCAUGGAAAUUAUUUGCCAUUUGAACCGCUAUGUUCAAAUAAAAAACCUCAUAUAAAACUAAAUACACGUGACGAUGAAUGAGACGUGAACUUUGUUCUAAAUGUUAUCUGUCGUGAUGUAACUAAAAGUAAAUAACAAUGUUAACGCCGAUGUUUACGAAAUGGUAACAUGCUGAUAAAGGUCACACUUUUGAACAUGUGAAGUGAAAGCUGGCGCUGAUCAUUGCAUGUACAGUUUAAAUCGCAGUUCCGUUCUCUUGGCACUUACUUAAACGUUGUAAAUCUACUGAUGAAAAAUACCAUUUCGAAAUACUUUAACACGCUUUUAACUCUGAACGAUGGAGCACGUUGGUUUAAUAUUCGUGAUUAGUCUUAACUUCCAGUGUCACGUGUUUGGGAGUUUGUAUGACCCGCAUCCGUUCCCCUCAGAGGGACCUUUCUUCGAAGGCUGGUAUACUCGUAUAUUAAAUUUAGACAGUCGAGAAAGCCUUGGAUUACUUUUUGGAAGUGUUUUGCCUGAUGCAAAAAGGAAUGCGACCGGACCUCUUGUUGUGGCAUCGUUUCUUUUUCGGAAAUGUAACGCAGAUUCUGGUGUUUGUGUGUUGCGGUCAGUUGACGGGAAAUUUGACGUAAAGAACUUGAGAAUAACAGCAAAAGAUCAACCUGUGGUCGACAAUCCGAACGUUAAAUCUCCAUCAAACUUUCGAUGGGAAGUCAAUAAUGGUGAUAUAGGUGGAUACUUCCAACAGACUGGUAACAAAACUGAGAUUAAUUUCAAGCUCUCUAACAUCAGUUUCCAUGCUGAAAUCGGACAUCCGACGCUUUGGAAUGAAGAUGGCACUGGUCCCGAAGGGUGGCUUGGCUACCUUCCGUUACCUCUUCAUUGGUUUGUGUUUAGUCUCUCAUCACAACAAGUCACAUAUACCAUUCAGAAUUUCACAAGCGGAGCUGUUAUACAAGGUAGACGAGGCUUAGCUCAUAUGGAGAAAAACUGGGGCAAAUCUUUCCCCAAAAGCUGGAUCUGGACGGAAGGAAUGGAUCCAUCUUCCAAUGUAACAUUCGCCAUGUCCGGCGGCCUUGUUGAUUUCUCAAUGCUAACAGUUCAAGCUUUUCUGAUAGGAUAUAGAAAUCCAAGUACAGGGAUAAAACUUGAUUUUCGUCCAGACAAUAGCGUGGUUUCCGCGCAAAUGGAUGGUUGCAGUGGGUCGGUGAAUAUUUCCGUCACCAGUUUACUUUACAGUUUGAAAGUACAGUUGCUUGCAUCACCAGCAACAUUUAGUUCGUGCCUUCUUGGACCCGAAACAAGUGGAUUUAGGCCAGCAUGCGUAGAAAGUUACGAUGCUACGGUGAAGGUUUCUGUGUCCAAAAGGACGUUUGUUCCUUUCGUAUACACAUCAAUGGAUGAACAGAUUAUUGCAAAUGCUGCACUUGAGUUUGGUGGCCAGUAUGUAUGCAAGAAUAAAUGCUACGAGUGAUCCAGAUGUUGUUGACCUUUAAAAUGACUCGUUCGUGGUGGGUAAAAUGCGCAUUUUACAGAUGUUCUAUCCAUUACAAAAGAAAGAGUGGCAAAUCAUGAAGACCACGAUUUUAAACGCGUUACUAACGCAAUUCAACAAAGGGCUGUAGCGUGAUUGGUUGAUUGACAUUAUCAUAUGAUGCUAGCAUUGUUUUCAAUAAAAGUUUCUUUUUUUACUCAAUGCUGGACCUGAAUUGGGUGGUCAAAAUAUAUGCAAGACUAGUUUUAUGAAUUAUCAAGAUGUUAUUUAACUGUACAGGAACAUUCGCACCUAAAACCUCUUCUUUAGCUAAAGCAAUAUUUUGUUGCACAAUGUUGCUUCUGUGUUUGGUAGUCAAUACGUAUGCAGGAAUAAAUAUUCUGAAUGA